AAGGCCGACCGACAUGGUAAGGGCUCUGUACUUUUUUAUGAAUUACUUGUGUUAUUUCUGCUUCUGGACUCUAUAUUUUAGUUGGUUUGUGUGUUUAAGUCGUUCGUGUUGUCCUCACAGAGCUUUUAUGGGGGUGUCGCGGUUUGAAAAAUGCCCUUUAAACGACGCGAGCAGUGAGAUUUGGCGUUAGCCUUUAGCUAGGCUGGGAACUAGCUGUUAAAGCUGUAAAGGAGAGCAGCUGCUCCUUUCUCCAAACCGAAACUGUGGCGUUACCUAAUCUGUGGUCGAAAUCUUAACACGUAUGGACAUAAAUAUGACUUUAAUCAAGAAGAACUCGAUCUCGGUAUAGUUUUAUCUUAGUGGGAAGAAGAAACAGGGAGGAAAGUGUUAGUUUUCACGGGUUUUUUUUCUCGGAAAUGGGAGCGUUUCUGGCGUCAUUGUUGAGAAGAUUACAGGGAGGAAAUCGCUGUGUGUGUGUCGGGUGUUACGUCUGACUGUGUGUAAAUAAAGAUCAAAAUAACAUCUGUGUUCAAGGGGCCUUUGCUGAGUUUUCCUGCCUUGAUACUUCCUCAGUAACUGAUUAUUUUCGUGUGUAUUAAUACAUGCUGGUGCUUGUGUGUGUGUUGCAUAACGCAGAGGCUUUUUUCCGCUGCUGUCAUUUUUGUAAUUGUGGUUAUCUUAAAAGUACCUUGUAACAAAUGAUCUAAGGUAGUUUUAAAGCAUUUUCAAUAUAAAUAAUGAACUUUAUAAAAUGUAGUAUGUGUAAUAUUACUAUAGAAUUAAAAAUGUUGUAAUCCUUAUAUGAAGAUAAGAAGUGAUGGACGCCCAGUUUAUUACUAGUUAUAAACUCAGUUCAGGGAUGACACUUAAUUCUGCUCCACCGUCAGCUUACAUAUGACUAUAUUCUGCUAUAUCUACAGCAUGCAUUACUCACAGUAUAGUUUAAGUUACUCUUAAACACAUGCUCUAGUGGUUUACACCUGCACCUAACAAGGGAACGAUUGCCGGUUUGAUGCUAGGAAGAGAUACAAAUCCCCUUUGGGGAAGGGGGUUGCAUGAGGAAGUUGCUCCGGCAUGAAAACACAUCAAACGCCUAAUGAACAAUGGAGCAUCUAAACGUUACUCCUUAAUUUAAAAUCUUACUCAUUAUAACUGCUGCCGACAGCUGAUUGUUUCAGAGAAGCAGUUAUUGUGGAUUUGAUUGCGGAAAUGGCUAUUUUAUGAUGACUACGAUGGAUAAUAAACAAAUUAAAAUAGCCAGUGUUGGCUCAGAUGUUUUUGUGUUUCUCAUUUGUCGUCCAGACAAACUUUGAUAGUCGUUCACCCAGAUCAAAGAUGUGUCUCACUCAUCUUUUCUUUUUCUCUACAGGCGAAGUCUUCUUGAACAAGACCUCCUGCCAUGGCACUUCUCUAAUAUUUCUUUUUUACCCCCCCCCCCCUCUUAACUUUUUAUUAAAAAACAUUUUUAAACAUUAAAAAAAGAAACAUUACCACAAUGAAAAUCAGUUACAGCUUCCCUGCCCUCCUGGUUUUCUGCAUAACAGCAUGGAGCCGUUUUGAGCCUGCUCUCAGCUCAUCCCACUGUGGGCGCUCCCUUCAGGUGGUGGACGAUAAGGUGGGAGUGAUCAGGAGUUCUGUUUACCACAGCUGGUCCUUCUGCUUCGGCUCAAUGUCUGACGGCUGGAUCAUCACGGGUCCAGAAGAUGAGCCGAUCGUUCUCAGCUUCUCUCAGUUUUCUGUCCGCUGCAAGAAAGAAUGGGUGUCUAUAAACUCGUCGGCUGGAGGUGAUCCAAUCAUCCUGUGUGGCUCUAAGUUGCCGCAGCCAAUCGAGCUCCCAGGGGGAAAUAUUACAGUGAUGCACCACUUCCUCCCUCAUAUGUUCCCUGUGUCAUCAUUUCUGUUGAACUAUGCCAGAGAUCCAUAUGAAGGCGAUUGCCCAGAAACAUCUUUUAAAUGCUACGGGGGUCGCUGCCUUCCCCACUCCUGGCGCUGUAAUGGGCAGGUGGAGUGUCUUGAUGAAGAAUCUGAUGACAACGACGAACUGGGUUGUGACUGUCCUUGUGGAGGGCUUCUUCAGACCUUUUAUGGGACCUUCUCCCCUCCAGCUUGUCAGGGUCAAAGUCAGUCCUGUGUUUGGACUUUGGAUCCUGAGGACUCCAGGCCGCUGAGUCUGGAACUGCAAAAGCUGACGCUAGCUUUUGGGGACCGACUCACUAUCUACAACAGAGAGGAAGGCAAAGGAGACAUUAUUAAAAUCAUUACCAGCUCCUCCAAUUCCAAAUCGGUCCAAGUUGAAUCCAACACCGGCGUGAUGUCAGUGGUGUAUAAAAGAGUUCUUGGCACAGAGAACUCCAACUUUAACGCCACGUUUCAUGUUAAGGGCUACUGCCCUCCGUGGGAAGGUCGUUGCGGGGGAGCGGCAGGAGGUUGUUUUACACAGGAGCAACACUGCGAUGGGAAGUGGGACUGUCCCGAGACCGGAAAGGACGAGGAGGGCUGCAGGAACUGCAGUCCGAAUCACUUUCCCUGUGGAAUGGCAGGACAGAGGACGACAGCGACCAGCAAGCCGCAGUGCUACUCACUGACGGAGAGAUGCAACUACCAGCUGAACUGCGCUGAUGGCAGCGACGAGAGGGAUUGCACCGUGUGUCAGCCGGGGACCUUUCAUUGUGACAGCGACAGGUGCGUGUAUGAGAGCUGGCGCUGCGACGGCCAGGUGGACUGCAAGGACGGCACAGACGAGCUCAACUGCACGGUAAUCUUGCCCCGCAAGGUCAUCACCGCGGCAACGGUGGGCAGCCUGGUCUGCGGACUACUUCUGGUCAUUGCCAUGGGCUGUACCUGUAAGCUGUACUCGCUCAGGACGAGGGAGUACAGCAUGUUUGCGCCAAUCAACCGCCACGAGGCGGAGCUCAUCCAGCAGCAGGCCCCGCCUUCUUACGGGCAGCUGAUCGCACAGGGCAUCAUCCCCCCAGUCGAGGACUUCCCCAUAGAAAACCCCAAUGAGACCUCGACUCUUUCUCUGAGAGGAAUCCUGCAGCUGCUUCGCCAGGAUGCCGCCAGCUCCCCACACCGCAGACGUAGGCCCCGAUUUAUCCGCCGGGCUGUUCGCCGCAUGAGAAGGUGGGGUCUGAUCCCCAGAUCCGCAUCCAGGCAGACUCAGUCGUCAAGCUCCAACCAGCAGCAGGCGCAGCAACAGCAGCAGUCAGACAGCGCUACAUCAGGCCAAGAAGCAGCUCGCUCCACGCCCGCGAGCUCCCCAUCAGCCGUGGAGGCGGUCAACCAGCCGGUGGCCCAGAAACUCGGCUUGUUGGCACAGCCAGCGCAGCACCAGCUGGAAGCUCCGCCUCCUUUACUGCCGCUGCCUUCAGCUCCUCCUGUCGCCUUCCCCCCUCCCCCUCCCUACGCACCCCCAGCUCCACCUGUGGACGCCCCCCACACUCCCCCUGUUGCCGUGCCUCCCAGUAGCCCAUCUCUGGCCUCCAUCUUCCACACGAUAGGCUUGAGCAUCUCCCGCUUCAGAGCCUCGCCCUCUUCCACCAACUACGUGCCCCUCUCUGCCUCGCCUUCCUUCUCCUCCUCCUCCUCUUCAUCGGACGACGAUGUGCUGCUCAUCCCCCUCUCGGAGGACAACACUUCAGAAGACGACGUGCCCAUGCUCACCUGACCAACUUCCUCACCCACCCCUUCCCACCCCUUCCCCCUUACUUUACCUCCCAUCAGUCUUUCCACAUUCGUUUGAACUGAAACACAGGAGCGGCCGGCGGUGGGACUCUUCCUCUCUGUGCCAGUCUGGUGCCUUUUUUCUUUUUUUUAAAUCGCUUUGCGUUGCUGACAUAUAUGAAUAGAGUAUUUUUAAAGAAAGAAAAAAAGACUUCCUUAAGAAAAUGCAGACGAACGGCACGGCUGAUGAAGAAGCGCAGUAUUAUGCGUGAGCACUUACUGAACGCUGGGCUGCACGUAGAAGGUGAACUUUUAUUUUUUUGCACAGAAGAAUCUUCCCUAUCCAGAUACUGAGGCAGGCUACUGUCAGGUUGAAUGAUUAUAGCUCUUAUAAUAGAAAUUGUUGUGUUUGUGUGACUGCGACUGUGUGAAUGCAACUGCGUUUUAGUCUCGCGUAGACAGCGGAGUGUGAUUGCACAUGAGGAGUGUCUUCACUUGCACCCAGUCUCAUGAUAUAUCACGAAACAAAUCCCCCCUUUUUAAGUGCCUUUAAGGAGCCUCCUGCAGAGACCUCAAGGAUGUUGAGAAUUCCUGAACACACACUGCAUGCAGAAACACACACGCACACAAUGAGGGUCACUUUUUCCUCACGUCGUCAUGGUGACUUCACUCCAAAAUGGAUUAAAAAAAACUGCAUGUGUACUCUUCAAGCUGGCAAUAACUUUUUGGAUACCCUCGUUCUAGUGCACAUCGAUUCCAACAUUACUGCGUGUUUAAAUACUUCUUCCCCCGGUGAAUGAAUGUAACCU